AUGGAGCCGCGCAGUGAACCCCGGAAUCGAACGUCACCUGUGAAGGUGAAGAAAAAGUCCACCAAGCACACGGUCAAGUUUAAAGAUCAGAGCGACCGAGAGGACGUGCUGGUGGUGACGGUUGAGCCGCCUUCCCCGUCGACCGGCUCCCCGGAGCCCGCGAGCACCGUCACCUUCGCUUUGCCGCCGCUCGGCGCGCCCAAACCGCGCGCCCCGACCGUCGCGAAGUCCUCGAGCGAAACACGUGCACCGCCCAGGAAGGACACCCCCAAGAAGGCGCGGUCCGGCGAGCAGCGGUUGGCCGAAGGAUGUACCUCGCUAAUGUACGCCUGCCAACAGGGUCUUACCGGUGAUAUAUUGAAGGAACUGCGACAAAAGCCGAGCGCCGUACACCGACGGGAUAGGAGCAACAAAAGUGCCUUACACUACUGCAGCAGCGCCCAGGACAUUGCGGCGGCCGCCAGCGUUGCCAUGGUGGCGCCCGAGCUGAUCGAGUCGGCCGACGAGGACGGCUUCACGCCGCUGCACCUCGCUGUGAUACAGGGCAACCUGCAGCUGGUCAACCUGCUGCUGGCCAACGGGGCGGACGUCAACGCGCUCGACAACGAAGGCCACUCGGUCGUGCACUGGGCCACCGUAUGCGGCGAAGGGGAAGCGCUCCGGGCCGUCCUGGCAGCCGGAGCGGACGUCUCAACGCCGGACAUCAACGGGGGCAGCCCACUGCACUACGCGGCCCAGAUGUGUGGGGCCAACUACGAGGGCAAGACACCCCGGGCGUCGGCAAAGCUGGCGCUGGAGAUCCUUGGAACGCUGCUCAGCCACCCGGACACUGCGGGCGAGGUGGAGGACAAGGAUGGCCGGCAGCCGCUGCUGUGGGCCGCGUCGGCCGGCUCGGCCAAGGCCGUCCUGGCGUUGAUCAAGGCCGGCGCUCACGUCGAGAGUGCCGACAAAGACGGGUUGACGGCGUUGCAUUGCGCGGCUUCGCGCGGCCACACCGACUGCAUCGACACGCUGAUCAAUCUGUGCGGGGCUCACACGGAUCAGAUCGACUCGAACGGAUGCACCGCGCUGCAUUACGCCGUGACGCUCGGGCACGCCGACGCCACGUCGCUGCUCCUGCGGCUAGACGCGGAUCCGAACCGGCAGGACCGGAAGGGACGCACGCCGGCCCACUGUGGCUGUGCCAAGGGCCAGAUGGAGACGGUCAAGAUACUGCACGCCAAGCGGGGCAAUCUUUGGUUGCGGAACGCAAAAGGAGACCUGCCGGUUCACGACGCGGCAUGUUCCGGUCGCCGUCAACUCGUCCAGUGGUUGCUGCAGCUAAAACCGAAGCACAUCAACACACCGAGCAACGAUGGGCGGACAUUGCUGCACAUCGCCGCCGGUCACGACAACGUGGACAUGUGCAAGCUUCUGCUGGAGCAGGGAGCCGACGUGAAUCUCCUUUACCGGCCGACAUCGAAGAGUGCCGCCUUGACGCCGCUCGAUUAUGCGCUCGCGAAGGGUUACCGGUCGACGGCCAAGUACCUGCAGGUGCAGGGCGGGUUGCCGGCCAACAAGCUGCGGUUGUCGGGACGCCAAGCGAAGAUCCUGCCCGACCUGGACCGGGUCGAGCCACUGAAAUUGACCGAAAAGGAGGAACUGAUCGACCUGAAGACCUCCCGGCGGUACAUCGUGUACCUGAACUCGAACUCCGAGUCGGACACGGGACAGGACGAGCACCGGAAGAGCCGACACAAGCGGAAACCAACGCACGGUGGCCGGCGGGGUAACCGGCGGACGAGCAGCUGCAGCGAUACGGUGUACCUUUACCGGGAGCCCGGACCAUCGGGAACCGGUGACCUUGGCCGAUCGCGGAGCACCGCCGAGCUGCGGCCACCAUCGUCCGGGUCGUCCGCUUCGUCGACGGCCAGCACAAGCGGUUCCUCCUCGGACGGCUGCUGUCGGCAUGUACGGCGCCGGAAGCAUCAGUGCUACCGGAAGUGCUCCUCGAAGCGCGGGUCUCACUCCAAGCACCGCGAUCGGACCCGAGAGCGCGACCCGGGGAAGGCACCGGAGCGGGAGUAUGAGUUUAAGUACGCCGAGAAGAGCCCGAGGGAGACGGGUGGCCGGAAGCCGGGUGAGCGGUGUGGCAAAAUUGUCCUGAAGCAAAUCCACAGCGGCUCGUCGGAGAACGACAAUUCUCCGCCUGGGGGUGGACCGGCGGGACCGAAGGUGGGUGGCGCGGGGCGCAGUGCAUACCUAGGGCUUCCCCAGCAGGGCAUGGGGGGGGGCACGGGGGUGUACGAUCCAUCAGGAGGGGGUGAUUUUUUAGACGAGUGCGCCGCCGCGACCCGGACGCCGCCGCGGGCCGAGUUCAACAUCCGGAAGGAGUCGGACAACCGGAGCGAGAGCAAAUCGUCCGAUUCCGGCUCGACGAAGAAGAAGAAGGUGCGCGCGGUGGGAAAGAAGCCGGGGAAGCCGGGGGUCCCGAAGUCGGGGCCCAAAAAGCUCGACUCACCGAGCGAAGAAGAACCGCAGGGCAAGGGCCAGUCGGAGGUCGUCACAGAGGCGCAGGUGCACCCGGAACCGGUGCCGGCAUCCCUUCCGCCGCCGGAACCGGAACUGCCGGAACCGAUGAGCAAGUCGACGGAAGAUGACGGGGCGGCCACGGACGCGACGUACACGAUCGAUCAGAAGACCCGGUCCGAUGUCGAGGGGUUCAGCGAGACCGAGGAGAGGGGCGCGAAGGCCAAGGGCAAGCCGGUCACGGAAACGAUACGCGAAGAGGUACGCGACGAGCAGGCGGUGGUGGCGGGGGUUGAAACGCCUGUCAAGGUCGACGCACGCCACGAUCGAUCGGCGUUGCGGUCCGCCAAGGACGGCAAAAGUCGCUCCAAAUCGGACUCGUCUGACAAGGAGGGUGCGGUGGCACCGCCACCACCAUCACCAGCACCACCACCGCCACCGCCUACGCCACCUGCGGUGCCUACUCCGGAACCACCGGAGAAGGAGCCGGAACCGCCAGCACCACAACUAACACUACCACUGCCAGAGCCGACACGCGAAGAGGAACCCACGCUGGAAGAGGACGCCGGCAGGACGUUUGACAGUGAGUCACUGAUAGCGGAAGAAUCGUUACCACCGUUGGUGGAGCCCGAAGAACUGGUGGAAGCCCCACCGGCUCUCCCGGUUGAGCCGCUCGCGAAGUCGGCCGAAAUCGAAAAACCUCCGGAGAUCCCUGAAAAGGAGCCGGAGCCCGCGAAAGAUAAGCAACCGGUUCCGGCUCUGGCGGAGGCGACGAAAGAGCGACCGAAGCUGCGCCGCUCGGUCGAGUCCAAAGUGGAGAGCGUCGAAGAGGAACAGCCGCCGCCACCGCCACCACCACCGCCGCCACCGGUGAAGGUCCACGAACCGGUCCCGAAGCUAGAGGAACCCAGCCCGGCGCUGGACCAGGCGAAAGUGGACCAGACGCGGGGGUUUUUCGUGAACCUGGAAGACUCGGAGCAGGACGACGAGAAGAAGAAGAAGAAGAUCAAGAAGAAACCACGGCUCAAGGAGGGCGGCGCGGACGAGCAACAGGAACAGCAGAACAGCAGCAAAGAUCAGGACUCGGGCUUCGAGCCGAGCCCGCAGGCCGUCCGCAGUAAGCCGACCGUUUUUGAGCGCCCCACGCACACGGCCACUCUGCCGCGCCGGUCCGCCUUCACGAUGAUCGAGGAGCGGGCGGUCAGUUCGAGGCCGGAUGGCCGGAAACCGGGCGACAAGAGCGCGGUCAACAUGACGACCGUCCAGCAGUCGAUCCAUCGCAAUAUCCGCAGAUAUUAUAUGGAAAGAAAAAUUUUCCAACACUUGUUAGAACUGAAAAGCUUGCAAAUUCGGUCGACGAAAGUGAACGAGUCGGUGCUGGUGAAGCGGGCCGUGGACGACUACCACCGGUCGACGAUCGAGCUCGGCUACGAGACGGGCAGCACGCUGAAGCGCUACCCGUACACCGAGUACUCAUUCCGGAACUUCGAGCUCUUCCUGUACGACACGCUCAAGAGCCUGCAGAAGAAGGAGACCUACAACUUCCAGAACAUCUCCGAGGUCUACGAUGAGGCCGAACGCAGACUCAGCCCGGAUGUCAGCCGGUACGAGCGGGCCCUGAACUGUACGACCAAAACACACCGCUGUCUUCAUGCGACCCACGCCUACACGGGCAUCCCGUGCGCAGCCUACAUACCGAUGAUGAACCAUCACACGAUACCGAAGCUCGGGUUCGGGCCGUACAAAUCGAGCUCGACCAGCGGGGUCGGGAGCUUCUUCCUGCCGAAAAUCCUCACGCACGCCACCGACCGCAGCUGCCCCGGAGGGAAGGUAGCCCUGGAGCUGACGCACGGCAACAGUAAGCAGGUCAUUUCACUGCCAUCGGAGAAGCUCGAUAGCAAUAAGCGAUACUACGUAACGUUUACCCUUAACCCGAACGCUCCCACUGACGGUGCACCUCCCUCGCCCGCAGGACCCCACGCCCCACGGCAGCCCCGCGAGCAGCAGCAGCAGCAGCCACCAGAUCGUGAUGCCCAAGAUAACGCUCAGCCACAGCGGCAUCGAGAGCAGCACCAUCCAGGCGCCGUUUCCGCCGCGAUCCCUGCAGCAGACCACCAGCAGCCGCAACUCCAGCCACACUCUGCUGAGCCACAAUCGCAGCCCAGUGCCCUUCCCGCAGUAGCUCUGGAGGGAGCGCUACCGACCUAG